AUGGGCAGAAAUCGUAGAGAAAGAGCUAGUAGUAGCAAAAAUAAGGAUAACAAUACAUCCGAUAUGUCAUUUGAGAAGCUAAUGUCCGAAGGAAUAAGGCUCGAGGAAAGAGGUGAAAGAUUCCAGGACUCUGGCCAAACUUCUGGAAAGGCUAAGAAAUAUUACGAACAAGCCGGUGAUAUGUACGAGAGGGCACACAAUAAAGAUCCUGGGAACGGUGAUUGCUUAUACAACUGGGGUAGAACAUUGUAUAUACUUGCCCAUCUCGAUGAUCCAAAACAAACUGCAGAAGAGAAAGUGCAUCUGUUAACUAGAUCGAUUGAAAAAUUCAAGGCGGCCAUUGCUAUCGAUGAAAACAAUACAGAUGCGUUGUACAAUAUGGCUCAGGCUUUAACGACUAAAGCUGAUGUCAUCUUCAAUCUGGAAGCAAAUGAUAGACCAAUUGAUACACUGAAUGAAGCAAUUGAGGUAUUUGAAAAGGUGAUUCGUCUGCAGCAACAAGAACUACAACAGACUGGACAGGUUGCCAGUUCAUCCUCAUCAGUACAACCAAAUAAUCAAGAUGAUUCAAACGAAGAUGAGGAGAAAGUCACACCUAGCACUCUUAUUGAUACGUUGACGUCAAUGUCUCAAGCUUUAACGUCUCGGGCCAUGAUGGCAGAAGAUCUCGCUAUCAAUGAAGAAUGUUACAUUCGCGCAAUUGAAUUACUUGAACAAGCGCUUAGUCUCAAUGUACAAUCUCGUGAAGCCGAUAUCCAACUUCAAUGGGCCAGCGUUUUGUCGCAUCAUGCUCAUAGUAUUAUCCCAUCCAGGGAAACCAUACAUCAGAUCCAAAGGUUGAGAGAGACUGCUCUCCGAAAGUUGAAUUUCGUAAUUGAAACGGAUAAUGACAACAUUGAAGCUUUGUGUGACAGAGGCGACUUGGCAACAGAGUAUAUUGAUAUGUUGCUAUCUGAUCCUGAUGAUCAAAAGGAGAAAAUCCUAGAGUUAUUUGAUACGGCAAUCAUGUCGUUCCGUGCUGCUGUCGAAUUAGAAGGUGUAAAUGCGGUCAUAUGGCAUAGUAUUGGUGUACUGUAUCUGCGUAAAGCACAGCUACAGUUUUUACCCGCAAAUGUGGACAAGCGUGCAUUAAUUACAUCAUCUGUUGAUGCGUUGAAACGUUCUCUGGAUAUCGAUCCGGAUGACCUUGAUGUAUACUUGCAUUAUGCAGUAGCUUUGAAUUAUUUAUCCGACGCGAACAAUGUUGAGGUUGAUGAAACACUAAGGAAAUAUGUUCAACGAGGAGGUGAUCAAAGUGGAUUCCUAAAAUGGAAACAAGAGAAUGAGGAUAUCAUCGAGGAAGGCUCUUUCAAUGAUUUUAGAAACAAAUUACGACAAGUCGGUAUAAAUGUAUAG